AUGGGCGAGCUCGCAGGAGAGCCUGCGAUGAAACUGCUCUGCUCCCUCCCGGGCAUAGAGCAGACUCUGCUCAGCGUGCUGCAGACCCUGACGUCUCAUAUCAGCGAGUCGAGGGAUCGUGAGGGUCGUCUCCAUCAGCGUGUGGACGAUCUCUCCACACAGCUCCUAGCCCUACGCGAGGAAUUUUGUUCACUGCAGAAAUCCGCCAUUGUUGUUCCCGACAAGGCCCCUGCACGAUCUACUCAGCACCAAAUCCAAGGCGACAAAUCUCGUACCCGUACGAAACCUCGUAACCGUCCUCCCCAGCAGGGCCAGCCUGACCCAGCUGCAGCAGCAAACCAGCUCGACCCAGCCGAUGCAGAUGCUGGACAACAGUCAGGGCAGAUCGACGUGGCCUCUGGCUCUGCACAGCACGAAACCCGUACCCGUACGGACGACCCCGGCUUUGUCGAUCCUGAGCCUGUGCAAUCAGACUGCGAGAAGAGCCAACCUAUCAUGGCCGUCAUCAAGGAUGACAGUUGGAAAUUAGUUGCGGCGGGCCCGCCAAGAAAGAAGCGAUCUGUGUUCUUUGUGGGCAACUUGAGCCACGACUGCACAGUGGACAGUCUCACUGACCAACAGCACCAGCACCAGCAAGAGCAGCCGCCACAACAAGAACAACAACAGCACCAGCAGCAGCACCAGCAGUCGCCGCAGCAGCACCAGUAG